AUGCCACCAAUCGGUUCUUCCGCCUCCACAAAGGGAAAAAACGGAGCUACCGGUCCUGCAGAGGGAAAGGCAAAACCUCAUAUCUGUGAUAUAUGUCAAAGAGCUUUUACAACCGGAGGACAUUUGCAAAGACACCAUCGGAUACACACGGGAGUGAAAGCUUUCCAAUGUCCUUAUCCAGGUUGUGAGACUCGGACCAGUAGGCAGGAUAACUUGCAACAACAUUAUCGGACCCACCUUUCCCCCACC